AUAAAUAUUAAUAGUUUAAUACAAAGUAAUGUUUUCAAAAUAAAAUAACAACAAUAGUUGUUCUUUCAUAAAUAGUUUAAUACUGAUUUGUGUAUAUUGACUAUUUAUAACUUCCCCUUUAUAUUCUUCUUUGAGGAAAAGGAAUAUGAGCUUAAUCAAAUUUACCUGCUGGAUUUUAUGAUUUAAAGACAAUGGCUGGAAGGAUUAUGAUGCUAAAACGUCGUAUGUUGAUUGGAUGUACCUCCUCGGAUCAGGUUCAGAGCUACAGAAAAAAGUGUAAGAUGGAAUAUAAAGAAUUCAAAGACAAACGAGCUCUUGUUACCGGUGCUGGCAAAGGUAUCGGAAGAGCAAUUGCAGUGAAACUAGAUAACCUGGGAGCAAAGGUGUACGGGAUAAGCAGAACACAGUCGGACUUAGACAACUUGAAACAAGAAGUACCCUCAGUUGAAACAAGGCUGCUCGAUAUAUCAGACUGGGAUAUGACAAGAAAAGUUAUUGAAGAUAUUGGACCAAUCGAUCUGCUAGUAAAUAAUGCUGCUGUUAUAAAAAGAACUCCGUUCCUCGAAGUUACAAAGGAAGAAUUAGACGAGCAACACAACAUAAAUUUCCGGGCAGCGUUUAAUAUUACACAGGUUGUUACUCAAGGAAUGGCGUCACGGGGGACGGGUGGAGCUGUCGUGAACAUAUCGAGUAUAUCUGGUAUACGUGCAGCAGAUAACCGAUCUUGCUACGGUUCGUCAAAGGCUGCCCUAAACAUGCUUACUAUGUCGUUGGCACAUGAACUAGGACCAGAAAAGAUUAGAGUAAACAGUGUUAAUCCGACGGUGGUGUUGACUGAGAUGGGCAAAUCAGGUUGGAGCGACCCAGAAAUAAAGGCUGCUGCACUUGCAAGAAUACCAGUUCGCCGUUUUGCAGAGAUAGAAGACAUUGUGAAUGCCACAAUAUACCUGCUCAGUGAGAAAUCUGCUAUGAUAAAUGGAGUAAUAUUACCUGUGGAUGGUGGCAUGAUCAACAGCUAUAUAUAAUCUGCAACAGACUACUCAUUUUCAAGCAAAGCCCUGUUUAACUAAAUACUCUUUAACAUUGAAAAGUUUAUGUUUUUCACAAAGUCACAAAAUAAAUAAAACAAAAUGACAAAUAAACAUAGAAGUUCCAGUACUGAGUGUGCAGUGAAGUAUAACUACUUGUAUUAAGUAUCUAAAGAAUACAGACAGGGUAUAUAAUGCCACAAAUGAGGAAACAACAAUGCCAAACUUUUGUUUCAGCAAGAGGUGUUCCACAUAACGAAAAUUGAACGGAACAAUGUACUACACGUUAGUUUUGUUUUAUAAUAGAUACACAUUUGAGAGUAUGAGGUAAUAGCAGUAAUACUGUCUAACGAGUAAUUUCAACAAACUGGCAUGGUGCAAAUAUCUCGACAGUUAUUUCUUUUUUAACAAGGCAGUCUGAAAGACAGCUAAAUCCCCCGCCACUGCUAUGGAUAGUGAAAGGGUAAACCUCUGACCUUUAGCUGUGACCUUGACCUUGAACUGACAUGGCUGACUCAUGAACUCUGCACAAUGUCUUGAUGAGGUGAUCAUUUGACCCAAGUUUCAUGAAAAUCCUUCAAGGGGUUUAGGAGUUACAGAGCUCAAACCUUUGACCUUGAGUUGUGACCUUGACCUUGAGUUGACAUUGCUGACUCAUGAGUUCUUGAUGAGGUGAUCAUUUGACCCAAGUUUGAUGAAAAUCCUUCAAGGGGUUUACGAGAUACAGAGUGGACACAAAAUAGAAGGCUCAAACCUUUGACCCCAAGUUGUGACCUUGACCUUGAGCCAGCAUGGCCGACUCAUAAGUUCUGCACAUCAUUUUGAUGAGGUGAUCAUUUGACCAAAGUGUUAUAAAAUUCCUUCAAGAGGUUUAGGAGAUACAAAGCGGACACAAAAUGGAAGGCUAAAACCUAUGACCUUGAGUUGUGACCUUGACCUUGAGCCGGCAUGGCUGACUCAUGGGUUCUGCACAUCAUCUUGAUGAGGUGAUCAUUUGACCCAAGUUUCAUGAUUAUCCUUCAAGGGGUUCAGGAGAUGCAGAGCGGACACAAAAUGGAAGGCUCAAACCUUUGACCUUCAGUUGUGACCUUGACCUUGAACCGACAUGGCUGACUCAUGGGUUCUGCACAUCGUCUUGAUGAGGUGAUCAUUUAACCAAAGUUUCAUGAUCAUCCUUCAAGGGGUUUAGGAGAUAUAGAGCGGACACAAAAUGGAAGGCUCAAACCUUUCACCCUAAGUUGUGACCUUGACCUUGAGCUGGCAUGGCUGACUCAUGGGUUCUGCACAUCGUCUUGAUGAGGUGAUCAUUUGACCAAAGUUUUAUAAAAUUCCUUCAAGGAGUUUAGGAGAUACAGAGCAGACACAAAAUGGAAGGCUCAAACCUUUUACCUUGAGUUGUGACCUUGACCUUGAGCCGACAAGGCUGACUCAUGGGUUCUGCACAUCGACUUGAUGAGGUGAUCAUUUGACCCAAGUUUCAUGAAAAUCCUUCAAGGGGUUUAGGGGAUAUGGAGUGGACAUGAAAGUGUUACGGACUGACGGAAGGACGGACGGAGACCAUUCCUAUAACCCCCCACCAUUUGUGGCGGGGGAUUAAUAAUACAUGCUAACCAAUAAUAAUGUCGGUUCAAAAUCCUUGUAGACACUAGGCAUUGGUUUCUCUCACUUCUCCAGCGCAUGGAUGUCGCAGACGGAAGGCACAAGUCAUCGACAGAAAUAGGCCUUAACUAUACAUGGGGAAUAAUCUACUUCACAAGGGUUCUACUUUAAAAUAUUAUUCAUACCUGUGGUAAUGGAGUACAGCUGCUGGUGUCUUGACUAACUGCUAGAAGCAAUGGUCUACGACUUGAAAAGGUCGUUUCAGAGAAACGAAGACUUUUCCGGUUGACCAACUACUUCCUUCAGAAUUAGUUAAUACUACAAAUUCAUACAACUCUGCGAUACUUUCAUCACUCCUAAUGAUGUUGCAUGCAGAGCGGCAGGUGUAACGAGUAACCACGCCAGCGGUACCAUGAACCCGUGACACGCAGCAUGGCACUAGUGUGUAGACUUAAUAAAACACGAUACCGCGUACAUCCCAAUGGCAAAAACAGUGCUAACAAUGACUACAGACAGUCCCAUAAUCGAUAUGAACUUCCAAUGUUGCCUGCUGGUUUCUGUGCAUUAAAAAUUGUGACAUCAUUGGCUGUGUACAGUUACCUACCAGGUACUUGUAUGAAUUCUAAAUUCUGAUAAGCUUUUUGUUAUAUACUGUAUGGAAAUGGCUUAUAAGAAAUUCAUUUUAUGGAAUGUUCAGUGUUACACUAGCUACGACGGUCUCAAUGUCCGACAGACGCUAAUAAUUAGAUAAAACAAAAACAGAUUUAACAACCAUGAAAUAUUGCUACGAUACUAUGUCUUCUGUUUCACAUAUUUGGCAUAUCGGAACAUAAAUGAUGAAUUUCACGAG